CGACGUCCUUAGACGACCUUCCUAUUUAAAGAUCGCGGACUGAGUGAUUCCCAUAGCAUCCAUGUGAGGUAUUUAAACAGUUGCGUAUAUUGUUGAAUGAAUCACAGCAAGCCGACAACAACAUUUCGCACUGAUCAACAAAUAAUCACUUACAAUGUCUGACUUGCACUUUCGCGUUGCCACCGAAGGUGAUGCUCCUCGCCUUCAAGAACUCAUCGAAGCAGCGUUCCGCUUCACAGACGCUCACAUCGACUGGGUCGGAUCUCCCGAAUUAGCUGAAACAUUCAACAUCGACAUAUCCGUCAUUAUCGACAGGAUCACUUCAAAUGAUAGUAAAUUCCUGGUCGCAAGUGACACCCCCAACGGCCCUAUAAUCGGGUGCGUCAAUGUUAUGAGAAAGGCCCCGGAUUACGGCCGUUUGUGUCUACUUGCUGUCGACCCAACACUGCAGCGCGGAGGUCUGGGAAGAAAGCUUGUUGCAUAUGGAGAGGAGUAUCUCACGAAGGAUUUCGGUGUUGGCAAGAUUGGGUUGAAUGCGUUGCACACGAGAAAGGCACUUAUUAGAUGGUAUGAGAAGUUGGGGUAUGUUAGGACGGGGGAGAUGACCAAGAUUCCACUUGAGAGGCUUGAAUCGGACACGCCUAUUGUGUUGGCCGAGUUGGAUAAGACUGCUGUUCCUUGAGCUGGGGUCUUAUACAAUGUGACGACGCCAGAGGAUGGACGUGCUGAUGUGCGAGAGAUUGGCAAAGGUGAGAGUUGCUAUGAGAUUGGGAUAAUCAGCAAGCUAACAUAAUGCGCAGUGAGCCAGCAUUCAGAUGCUUGCUUGGAGACAACGCCUUCUUGAGUAUUUUCACCACAUGGAUGUGCAGAUCACCCGUGUCAACGUUGAAAUAAGACAUCAGUGCAAGUCUUUCGAAGGAGGAGGGAGACGGAAAGAAGUGCGAUUCUCAAUGUUACAUCCCGAUUAUUAUUCUCAUGUCUCCAUACAAUAACCAUUCCCGUCAAAUUGACGACAAUAUGAUAGUGAACAAACGGAUAUAGAUCAACAUUCUGAUCCA